AGCUACUGCGCUGCGCUGUGGUUAUACAUACUGCAGUACUGUAUACCUAAUGGUCUAAGUAAAAUUAGCAAUAUUUAUGUAUAUUCUAUUUAACAAAUAUUUCUUAACAGUUUAGACUCUACAAAGUGUAAAACAUGAAAUACAAUAAAUAUAUUCAAUUAGUCAUUAUAAGUAUUUAAAAUUGGAAUAUUUAUAUUAUCCGCAAAGGUAUCGUCGUAAGUUAUAAAACCCUAAUAAUGUUUCAAUAUAAAUAUCUCAGCCGGGAGCAUCUCGAAGGCUUCGAUAAUUACAAGUAUAUGUCAAAAGACACAAGCCCCUUGAGUGUUUAUGUUAUGCAUCCUUUUUGGAAUAAAGUUGUAGAGAUAAUACCACGAUGGGUAGCACCAAAUGUUUUGACAUUUGCUGGGUUUAUGCUGACAGUACUUGACUUUGUGCUGCUAUCGUACUACGACUAUGACUACUUGGCUGCCAGCACUAAAGUCCACAACGAGACAACCACUGAACCUCUGAAUGGGCAUAUGGAAGUCAUUCCACAGUCCCUGUGGUACAUCUUAGCAGUAUUCCUGUUCUUAGCCUACACUCUAGAUGGUAUUGAUGGCAAACAGGCACGCCGGACGCAGACCUCUGGACCUUUAGGUGAAUUAUUUGACCAUGGACUUGAUUCAUAUUCAGUUUUCUUUAUACCAGCCUGUCUUUAUUCCAUUUUUGGACGCUUAGACUUCUCUAUAGCACCUAUUAGAAUGUAUUAUGUGAUGUGGAAUCUACUAAUAAAUUUUUAUCUAAGCCACUGGGAAAAGUACAAUACUGGUGUAUUAUUUCUCCCAUGGGGUUACGAUUUCAGUAUGUGGACAUCAACUUUUGUCUUCCUAUGGACGGGUGUUAGAGGCACUAGUUUCUACAAGCGUUAUUUAUUCGGGGGAUACACUCUCGCAAACGCAUUCGAAUGGCUCAUAUACUUUACAGGUGUCUUCACUAAUUUACCUGUGUCGUUAUAUAAUAUAUACCAAUCGUAUAAACUACGGACGGGGAAAAUGCGUUCGACAACAGAAGCAAUACGACCGUUGUGGUCUCUGCUGAGCAUGAUGGUCGUGUGCUCGAUAUGGGUCCACAAAUCGGAUCGGUUGCCGGACUGCGACCCGCGUGCCUUAUUCCUACUCAUUGGCACGCUGUUCAGUAAUGUUGCAUGUCGUCUCAUAGUGAGCCAAAUGAGCAACCAGCGGUGUGAAAUGUUCAAUUGGCUGCUCUGGCCAUUGUCGGCUGCUACUAUGGUGUCCAUCGCCUUUCCUAACUAUGAACUAGUGAUGUUUUACACUAUGAUCACUAUGAGUAUUGCGGCUCAUAUUCACUAUGGAGUUUGUGUGGUAAGCCAAAUGUGUGACCACUUCCGAAUAAACUGUUUCCACAUAAAGCAACGUUCAGAUUGACUCUUAGACGACAAUGCGUGCUAAAUAACGUAACAUUGAAUGCCUUUAUCUUAUGUUAAUUGCAUUUUAUACUAUAUGAAAGUCAUUGUAAGGGUAUACACAUAAUGGUUGUAACUAUGCAGUCAUUUCAAUAUUAUAUUUAAUCUGUGGAUUAUUUAUUUUUUUGCAUAAAACGUCCAAUAUGGUGUACAAGUUACAGUAAUAAUGCAAUAAAACAUAAUUAAUCAUGGCAACAUAGUCGCGCUGAUAUUACAUACAUGUAUUAUAAAUAAAUAUACACAUAGUUCAUAUUGAUAUAAAUGAAAAAAAUACACCUUUUUUAUUAUAAAUUUUAAUAAACAUCAUUUUAACAAAUUUAAAUUUCGUUUUUGUCUUGUAACGGCUAAAAUUAAUUUAUAUCAAUAGGAAUAAUAUUUUUAUUUGUAUAUUUAUUUUUUCGGCACAAUGUUGUUUUAUCAAUGUUAUGUUAUAAAGAGAAAUGUGUACAACAAGUAAUUGACUUAAAAAUUGAAAUAAAUAUUUAAAACGUUUUUUCUUUUAUCUUUACACAUUUUUGUUUAAGUGUUUGUAGCACGCAUUGUCCGUGAAGGCGGAGGACAGGGAGCUUUGGCGCACCUUGGGAGAGGCCUAUGUUCAGCAGUGGACAACGAUUGGCUGUUGAUUGAUUGAUUGAUUGAUUGUCCGUGAAUUUACUAAUAGAGUUUUGAGUGAAUUUAUUUAACGAAUAUAUCGUUUCGUCUUAAUCGUUAAUUAUGUUUGUAAUAAUUUAUGUUUAAUUUCCCCUAAUUAAGUUUCCGAAGGGAAUACGCAUAUAAAAUAAACGGCAGCAGAUGCUGUUGAACUUAUCUUGGUUUAUAAGUAAAAUCCAUCAUAAGAAGCAAAGCUGAAUAAUCAUAAAACUCACGCGUUUGUUCUGUCAGUCAGAUGACAACUGUUGUUCAGUAUUUUUUUUGCUAACACUACUUCGUUCGAGAACUGUCAAUUUCAAUCAAUCGAUUUAUUUUGACAGUAUCUAUACGCAUUAUAGUGCGCGAAUAACAUUAUCUGAAUUUUCAGUUACGUUAUUCAAUUUAGACUAAAAAGUAAGAUUGUCCAGCAUUACCUAUUAUAAAAGUAAUUAUUGUAAAAUAAUUUUACAACUCGUAAGUUAUAUCAAAAUAUAAAAUUUAAAUUCGACAUAUUUGUCUAUUAAAAUUAUUAAUACUACUUUAAAUUAACAUGACUAAUAAAAUCGUACAUUUUGAUAUUUUAAAUAAUACUCUUGUAUUAUAAUGUGUACAAAAAUAUAUAAUUCAAAAACGCUUUUUACAUUUUAAGCAAUAUACACAAUUUUACGUUAAUUGUGCUGUUUUGUCACAAACAAACGUUUAUAAAUUAAUUUAACAGGACUUCAAAUAAAGCUAUCUCUUUCUCGUAUGUGGGGUUAAAAAGGAUAGCAAUAUUUUGUUGUUGAUUAAGUAUAAUACACUUUUACUCUAAGUCUAUUUUAAGACUUUAUUUUAUUGUGUGUGACUGUGGUUUUACAGAUAUAUCACGCGUAAUUUUCACGCAAAUUUGCUCGAUCGCUUUUUACUGUGUAUACAUUUCUCAUAAAAUAACAUUAUAACAAAGUAAUUUUAUACAAUCAAAUUAUUUUUAUAAGACUAUUUUCA